CCUGCAGCCACGGGGGAGGGAGGAGGCAAGGAGCGCAGCGCUCGGGUCUGGCAGCUCCUGCGGAGCCAGGGCGCAGGCUGCUGCUGCCUCGAGUCAGCCCAAAGUCAUCCGGCAGAGCAGGGAGCUGCGCUGCAGCACAGCCCUCCUCCCUGCACCUGCUGCACGCAGCGGCACAGGCUACCAUUGCUCGGCGUGGGAGCAGGAGGCAGAGUGGAGCAUCCCCGCGUGUAGGCACGUCUUCCUCACAGCAGCACGGGGUCUUGCUGGCAAGGAUGUACUCAUGCUGCAUCUGACGUCCUUCUCCCACGAGAGCUCCUGGUGGUUCGAAGGCGAGCGAGUGAGAAGCCCAUGCCGGCGUCAGGGAUAUAAAAGGUGCUUGGAGAGGAAUCCGUGAUGGACAGAGAGCCUUUAAGGCGAAGGGGCCGCUAUUUCUGCUCCUCAGCUGCAGGGCUUAUAGGAGCCAGCGAGGAGCAUCACGUCCCAGAAGACCCUUCAGUCGCCUUUCGGGUAUUAUUCUCCCCUUUCUCCUUGCACACUGCAGAGCACUGACCUUGUCCUGUGAAUUUGGAGUCUCUGCCUCCUGUUCUGGCCAGGAGGAAGGAGACUCUGCAUCUCUCUCUCUGUGCUGGCACUUCAGCCUGAAUGGAAGAUAGAUCUUUCUGCUGAAACUCUUUUGUUGUGACAUUGUAUAAGAGACGGUUGUCUCACCGCAGGAAAUAAAUGAAAGGAAACAGAGAGACGGAAGGAAAUUGUUCCCCCAAGCCAAAUUGAAGCGGGGAAGAGAACAUUAAAAUUACUUCAAGCUCUCUCUGGUAGUGAGAAGACUGUUCAUCUCCUGCUCCAGAGGAAAAUAUACUGCUUCAAAACUCCUCAGCAGUCAGUGAAGAUGAGCAGUCGUGUUGUUUCUGGAUGCAGCUGCUAAAGAAGAUCUCUGCAGGGCCGUGGGGCUCCGGCCUGUAUGAUGCCUGAAGACAGAAAUGCUGGAGUCCGCAGCCCUGGUGCCUUAGCAGCACCUCCUUUCCUCCCCAAAACUACUUACAGGAAAAUUAAGCGGUGCUUUAGUUUCCGUAAAGGUAUUUUUGGCCAGAAGCUAGAAGACACCGUCCGAUAUGAGAAGCGAUAUGGGAACCGCCUGGCUCCCAUGCUGGUGGAGCAGUGCGUGGAUUUCAUCCGACAGCGGGGGCUGAAGGAAGAAGGCCUCUUCCGACUGCCUGGGCAGGCUAAUCUUGUCAAGGAGCUGCAGGAUGCGUUUGACUGUGGAGAGAAGCCUUCUUUUGACAGCAAUACAGAUGUGCACACGGUGGCAUCACUGCUGAAGCUGUACCUAAGGGAACUCCCAGAGCCAGUCAUACCGUACGCAAAAUAUGAAGAUUUUCUUUCCUGUGCCAAAAUGCUCAGCAAGGAAGAAGAAAUGGGCCUGAUAGAAUUAGUGAAGCAAGUGAAGAGCCUGCCAGCUGUCAAUUAUAAUCUGCUGAAAUACAUCUGUAGAUUCCUGGAUGAAGUCCAGUCUUAUUCAGGCAUAAACAAAAUGAGCGUGCAAAAUCUGGCUACUGUUUUUGGCCCCAACAUCCUCCGCCCUAAAGUGGAAGAUCCUUUGACUAUCAUGGAAGGUACGGUAAUAGUCCAGCAGUUAAUGUCAGUGAUGAUAAGCAAACACGAAGAGCUGUUUCCCAAGGAUGCAGACCCUGAUGUGGGACCCGAAGUGUGCAACAAUAACAAUGAAGUGCCAAAGAAGGCAAUCGUUGGACAACUACAAAACAAAGAGAACAACAACACAAAGGAGACAGCAGUGAGGCGCUGCUCUUGGGAUAAACCUGAGUCUCCCCAAAGGGGAAGCAUGGACAAUGAGUCUCCAACUGCGCUGCCAGGCAGCAAGACCAAUAGCCCUAGAAACAGCAUCCAGAAAUUAGAUGUCACCAGAAGCCCACCACUCACGGUGAAAAAAAAUCCUGCUUUUAAUAAAGGCAGUGGCAUAGUCACCAACGGGUCGUUCAGCAGCUCUGUGGAGAGCCAUGAGAAGAGCCAGACCUUACCAAACUGUACCCUGCAAGCCAGGAGGACAUCCUCCCUGAAAGGACCGGUGACUAAGAUGGGCACACAAAGCAUGCAGAAUGGAGGCGUGAGGAUGGGAGUUUCUAGCACUGAUGGGCUCACCAACACCCUCAACAACCGAAGCCCAGGCUGGGCACCCAAUGGCUGUGUCACACUGAGGGACAACAAGCAGAAGGAAUCAGUGAGUGAGUCGGGUCAGCACAACAGGCUCUCCACCUAUGACAAUGUCCACCAGCAGUUCUCCACAGUGAACUCUGAUGACAAACAGAGUGUGGACAGUGCUACCUGGUCAACAUCCUCCUGUGAAAUAUCCCUCCCUGAGCACUCUAACUCCUGUCGUUCAUCCACCACCACCUGCCCAGAGCAGGACUUCUUUGCGGGUAACUUUGAAGACUCUGUGCUGGAUGGACCACCACAGGAAGACCUCUCUAACACUGGUGACUAUGAGAACAGAAGUGACCGAAGGAGUGUGGGGGGCCAUAGCAGCAGAGCCACCAGCAGCAGUGAUAACAGUGAAACGUUCGUUGCCAACAGUACUAACAAUCAUAGCGCUCUGCACAGCCUGGUGUCCAGCUUGAAGCAAGAGAUGGCCAAACAAAAACUUGAGUAUGAGACAAGGAUAAAAAGCUUGGAACAGAGAAAUCUCACCCUGGAGACGGAAAUGAUAGCCCUGCAUGAAGAGCUGGAUCAAGAGCGGAAGAAGUUCACAAUGGUGGAAAUCAAAAUGCGUAAUGCAGAACGGGCCAAAGAGGAUGCAGAGAAGAGGAACGACAUGCUGCAGAAGGAAAUGGAGCAGUUUUUCUCUACUUUUGGAGAACUGACAGUGGAGCCUCGCAGACCAGAAAGGGGCAACACCAUCUGGAUCCAGUGAGCGUUGGAGGCUUUGACUGUGGGAUGCUGGGAAAGGGCUUAGGGGUAUUAUACUGCGUCAGGUGGCUGGUCACCUGUCUGUCUGAGGCUAGCACUCAACAUAAUGUUAUAGACUCUUGAAGGAAGAAAUCGUACAUGUUAACCACUCAUAUCUACAGUGUGUACUUAUCAAGUCAUACUCUUUGGAUGCUUCAUGAGACUACUGUCAAGUGUCACAACUGGAUAUGUGUAUAUAAAUUUAAAAAAAAAAGCAUCUUAGAGAGUGAGAGAUGUAUCUCAAGAAAUAUUUUAAUUCAAGUCUUGUAUUUAAACUGGUAAAUUGAAAUGUUGUUGCAAUCAAGCUUUAUAUCAAGGCUUUUCUCCCUUGCACUUAACAUAAGCUAUUUUUGACAUUGUGUUACCAUCAGCUUAUUUUGUAUAUCAAAUGUUUUUGUUUUGUUUUGUUCCUCCCUCUUGUUGGGGAGUGAAGAUAAACAGAUACAUAAAGGUACAUGUGCCAAUGGUUAGCACUAGUCUGUGUCGCUUUUGAAAAAGAGAGCUGGAUAAGAAGGAGCAGCAUGCUGGGGAUGGCAAAUGGGGCACUAAUUUAAGAGAACUGAUGACCUGACUAAAGUUACCAGAGCUCUCGUAUCAAAUACCCUAUAAGGAUAUCACCAACAUUGAGCAGUCAGUAUUCAAAGAACAGAGAGGUUUGAGAGGAAAUGUAGUGGUAAUGAGUAAGAAGGUGGGAGAAGGGGCAACUCAAAGAGAAGUUGAUCUAUAGAGCCAGAGCUUUUUGGGGUAAUCUAGCACAUCCCUGUGGUCACUGCAGCUCAGAACAGGGAUAUAAACCGUGCUUUGACCACUGUUGUGACUGAAUUACCCCAGUACUGCAGGAGUAUGGAAUCCUUUCUGUAAGACUGGCAAAGGGACGCACAGAGAGACACACUGUACAUCUUGAAUGCCUUAGCAAUGUGAUGGAUGCUGAACAAAAAACAAAACAGAGACCUGCAGAACUGAUGAGCAGAGGAGAAAUUAGCAAGGCAGCUGUAUUACAAACUGCAAAUAAGGAAGAACACAUUAACCACCUAUAUUUACAGUGCAUAUUGACCAGCUAAGCUUUCUGAGUUGAGACUUCUGUGAAGUGUUAAGCUGUGGAAACUCUCAGGAUCAUAACGUAAUCAAGGGAACAGCCAGAAGAACUGCCUGCAGAGUGCCAACAAAAAGUAGCCAAGCUGUGCAGUGAAAGGCCAGCCUAUUGGGAAAUGUAUGCAUAGUAGGUGUAACUGAUGUUUCCUAUACCAUCCACAAGACCUUUCCUGUUUUUAUCUUUGUCUUUAAGAGUGUGAGUUGUAUCUUCAGAAGGUGUUAAGACAUCUUGGCUUCCCUCUACUGUCACUCAAAUGUAUUGCAAUUAUCGCUGACCCCCAGUUGAGAUCUAAGAAUGUAGCCUCAAAGAGGUGCUCUCUGUAGCAUGUACAUUAGAUAAAUACUAAUUAGAUGUGGUAAGUAUACGGGGCAAUAAAUAUGAGGCUUACAUUUCAGGAAAAUAACAGCUUAGAGUGGAGCAUUACACGUGGUGUUCGUGGAACAAUUAUUUGUGUUAUCUUGGGUUCAGAGGCCCAAGUUAGGACGGUAAUUACUGUAAACAUGUCUAGUGCACAUCCAGUUUGGAUGCAAAUGAGAAAAAGACAGAAAUCAAGAUAAUAGGAAGGAGAAUGUUUUGUGUUGGCUAGCCACAAUCACAAAUGCUGGAGCAAAUGGUGAGAGAAGGAAACUGUUUACUGUGUUAAUUCUGAUUUUUAAACUGAAUGACAAAGAUCGUGGUAUCUGAUGUGGGCCUCACAGUCAGCUGAGGCUCCUGUUUAGCUCUGCUCAUUUUGAUGAUGGUUCCUGGAUAAAUUUGAAACCUUUCUUACUGCUGCUGUGAUCUACUCCUGUACUUUACUUCUUAGUAUUCCUAUCAAUCAACUCAUGGCAUGGUGAUCUGUUUCUUGGAGCUGAACCUGCACAGAGUUUUUCUUUGGGUUAAGCUGUCUUGUGGUUGAGGACCUUGUAUUGGUUCAAUAAAAUGUCAGACAAGUUCACUGCAGCUAUACCAUUUAAAAUCAA